CUGUUUACGGUGAUUAUAUCUUAACAAAUAAUUAACAAUAAAUUCGUAGUGAAAAUUAGUGUCCAUGCAAAUAAAGUUAAUAGAAUUCAAUAAAUUAAAUUGGUUCUUUCCGCGAAUGCGCUGCCAAGCCAGGGAUGCAAUACAUCGGCAACGACACAAUCGACCAACAACUUGCAACCUUGCUUUGCUCGUUAUCGCUACAGGGGAAAAAUAAAAUUAGUAACAAAAGCAAAAUUAUAUUUGGCUGAAAAGUUACUUUUGCUGAGUGCCGUGGUAUAUUUAAUUGCUUGUUUUGCGGCCAGCGUACGCCUUGUGCCUGUAUCAGGACCAGGGACAAGAAUAGCAUCGAAGUAGGAUCAGGACCAGGACACAAGACAGCAAGACCCAAGAGAGAGCAGCAGCAGCAGUAAAACCGAAACGAAACCCAAAAUCAAGUUUCGUGCAUUUCAUCGUUCGUCGACUUCUUCUUCUUCCUCUUCUUCUGGUGCUGGGCAAUUGGCUUGCUCCCCAAAUCUAUUAUGAACAACAAUAGUAAGCGGAAAACUCGACCUAGUGGCGGAGGUGGUGGUGGUGGUGCCAGCGGCGGCAUCUCAAGAUACAACUCCAACGAUAACAGUUUGAGGACAGCAAAUAAUAAGGCAGGCAGCGGAGGAGCCACAUCAAUUUCAACGUCUGGAGGAGGCGGAGGAGGGGCACGUCCGCUGGCGCAAGGCGUUUACAAUAAUACGUAUUUCAUGCACUCGGCCACAGCAUUGGUGGGCAGCGUUGUGGAGGUGCGCCUGCGAUCGGGAAAUAUCUACGAGGGCGUGUUUCGCACAUUCUCGGGCAAUUUUGACAUCGCACUGGAGCUACCGGCGUGCAUUAAGUCCAAGAAUUUGCCGGAUGAGGGCAAAGUGCCGAAACACAUUAUAUUCCCGGCCGACACUGUUGUGAACAUUGUGGCCAAGGACUUUGAUUCGCAGUUCGCCACAUCGGCUGGCUUUCAGACUGAUGGCGCCAUAUCGGACAAGUGCAAUGGUGCGCGUCUGGAUGAAAAAGAAUUGGAGCCAUGGGAUUCGGGUGCCAAUGGCGAUAUUGACAUAGAGCUAGAUGGCGCAGCCAAUGGUUGGGAUGCAAAUGAGAUGUUCCGCAAGAACGAGAAUCAGUUCGGUGUGACAUCCACAUUUGACGAUUCCCUGUCAUCAUAUACAGUGCCUUUGGAUAAGGGCGACUCACUGGAGUUCAAGGAGGCUGAGGCCAAAGCCGAAAAAUUGGCAGCAGAGAUUGAAAACAAUCCCGUUUGUCGCGAGCGUCUGGACUUGGAGAAUGGCGAUGAGGAGGCGCUAUUUGCGGCAGUUGAACGUCCAGGAGCGCACGAGCAGCAAGAUCAGCAACAGCAGCAGCAUCAUCAGCAACAGCCGCAUCAGAGGUCGGCUGAACGGGAUCGGGAGCGCAACGAUCGCGAAAGAGAACGUGAGGAGAGGGAACGCGAACGUGAUCGUGAUCGUGACCGUGGCAACAAUAAGCCGCGCGGCGGAACCGAUUACCAACUGAGAGAGACCAUGAGCAGUGAUCGUUAUAUUACGAAGCAGACGCGCAGCAUCACCGGACCGCCGCCCUCACACGUGGGCAGUGGCGGACGGGACCGGGACAACAGUAUGAUGAUGCAGCAAGGUGGCAUGGGCGGACCUGGCCAAGGCGGUGCAACGCAGUCUACUGCGGCUCUCAUACUGGCCGGCGGUUUGAAGAGCACUGCACCGCCCUCAUCAAGCAAUGUGGCCACGGACACAAGCGGCAAAUAUGGAGGCGGUGGUCCAAUGGUGAAACGUAAAACUGUGCCGCAAGGCGGCAAACUUAUGCGCGGUAAUCCACCCAGCAGUGGCGGAAGCGGCGGCGGCGGUGGUGGCAAUGGCAACAAUGCCUCCGUAUCCCAAGGUGGCAGCAGCAAUUCUGGUGGCCAUGGCAAGGGUGGCUAUCAGCCGUCCAUAAGCAUGCAGAAUCAAUAUUCGUAUCAGGGCAAUUCGCAGAUCAUGCACGGCAGCUCUUCACAAUAUCGUAACCAAUCUCACAUGGGCGGUGGCAACAGUGGCUCCAAAGUGAAUGGCGAUGCGAACUCCAAUGCGGGCAAGGCACUUCCGCCCCGGCAAUUGAGGCAGUAUCAGGGUUCACAGAGUAAUUCAUCGCUUAACUAUAGCGGGGAAUCUCAGCCGAUGGGUAAAUCCAUGCAUGGUACCCAGACUGGUCACUCUGGCCAAAAUAGCAACUCGCCGCCACUUCAGACAGGCGGACAACAACAACAGCAGCAGCAACAACAACAGCAGCAACAACAGCAGCAGCAACAACAACAACAACAGCAGCAGCAGCAACAACAACAACAGACGCAUCAGCACCAAGGCAACAUGCAGCCACAAAGCCAACAGCCGCAGCCACAGCGGCCACAACGUUCACGGGAUAAUCAGUUGCAGGAUCUAAGACAAUUUGGUCAGGACUUCCAAUUGGCGCCUAGCAACACUCCGCCGCAACAGCAGCAGCAGCAGCAGCAACCCCAAGUACAGCAGCAGCCAUCACAGCCUUUGCAGCAACAGCAGCAACAACAACAGCAGCAGCAGCAACAACAACGUUCUCUCCAGCAAUCAGCCUCGCCGCCGCAACAGCAACAGCAGCAAGGCCAGCAACAGCAGCCGCAACAGCAGCCGCCGCAGCAGCAACAUGUGGCCAUGCAACAUCAUGUGCCACCGCCUCAUAUACAGCAUCAGGCCCCCUUAUCACAGCCACACUAUGUGCCUCAACAGCCACCACAACAACAGCCGCCGCCUCAACAGCAACAACAGCAGCAGCAGCAACAGCAACAACAUGUACCGCCACAUCUGCAGCAAAAGCCUCAACAGCAGUUGGUACAAGAACCGCCGCAUCAGCCACAGCCCAUGUAUCAUGCCAUGCCGCCUCCUCAAACAUCGCCGGUGGUCAUUGCGUCGCCAGUGUUGCUAGAGCAACCACCGCCUCCAUUGCAGCAGGCUCCUCCACCGCUGCAACAGCCGCCACAGUUGGCUACUCCCAAGCCAGAGGUCUCGCCGGCUCCAAAUAACAGCAGCAAUACGACACCAACUGGCAUAGCCAGUACACCGACAACUGCCCCUGCGGCGGCAACGAGUGUUGUUGGUUCCGACAAAUCCACGGCAACGGGAACAGCUGGGAACGGCAGUGGCACCACUAGUACCAGCACCGUUGCCAGCGGAAGCACGCCAGUGGUUAAGAAACCACAUGUGCUUAAUCCAUCGGCCAAGCCGUUCACACCGCGUGGCCCCAGCACGCCUAAUCCUUCGCGGCCGCACACACCACAGACGCCAGUGCCCAUGCCGGGCAUAUACGCUACAGGCACCCACGUCCCGGCAGCGGCCAAUCAGCCAGUCUACGUGUUGCAGCAGCCGCAUCCAUUCCAGCCACCCACACACCCACAGGCCGGACAGCAGCAGCGUCUACGACGCAAUAACUUUGGUCCCAUGGCAACAUCGCAGAUGCAUGUAGCAGCCUCAGCGGCCACAGGUCAACCACUGCUGGCCACGGCACCCAUACAACAGUUCAUACCGUAUCAGCAUGCGCCGCAUCCACAGCAUUUCCAAUCACAGGCAUUUGCCCCGAUGCAAAUGCGUUUGUACCAGGAUCAGCCACAGCAGCUGCAGUUCAUAGCGCAGACACCGCCCUCGACAACACCGUCGCCGGGACAGCCGCAUCAGACUUUCCAUCCGCCACCACAGCCCUCCCCUGCCGGCGGGGGACCGCAGCCCGCAUUCACGCCUCCCACACAACCGGCGCAGCCUACAUAUCAGCUGAUGUGCGUGCAUCCUUCUCAGAUCAUACAAAAUCCAUAUUUCCCGCAGCCGCAGCCACAGCAUCCGCCGCCAAAUCCACAGUUUCAAAUUGUAAUGCAGCAGCAGAUGCCGCAGUAAAAUGCCACACGGCUUUUGGCGACGAAUGACACAACGAUUGGGUUGGGUUUGGUCUUUGGGCCAUAUAUUGCCCGCCUGAGUUAUUGUCGUCGUCGUCGUCAUCAUCAUAGUCGUCGUGGAAAUGUGGGAGCUAUAUGCGCAGCAUUCAUUAAGCAACACACUCACACACACACACAGAGCACUUACAUACACACACACACGCCUAUAUACAUUAUUGCCAGCAACAACCACAUAGUAAACAUCAUAUGCCACAUCCGCAACAAACUUGUGUGAACGCGCGGCUUUUGUUGUCGCUCCAAGCGAUAUUUUUCCUUUUUUUCAUAAAAAAACACACACACAAAUACACUAUUGCACCACACCCACACCUAUACACACGCAUACGCAUACAUAUAAUCAUGUCACCUUCCCCCACAUCCCCUUACAGACCAGCAACACCAACAACAACAACAAACAACUAGGAAAUUAUAAAAAUACGUUUAAAAUCAAAGGGAAACUAGUGAAUUUUUUCAAAUUUCAAGACUUCUAACAGCGCACGGAAGCCAAAAACAAAAAAAAAAAACAACAACAAGAAUAACACCAACAACAACAACAACAAAAUGAAUAAUAAUCAGCAAUCACGAACCGAAGAAUCGUCUUAAAGAAAAUGCUAAAAGCAAACGUCUUAUUGAAAAUCAGAGUAAAAUGCAAUAUUAUAUAAUGAGCGUCAGUCUGAACCAAAAAUCAAAAUACAAUUGAUUAUACAAUUGAUUAGGCGCGUUGCAUGAUAAAAUAAAGAACAUUUUCAAAAAAGAAAAAAACAACAAAACAAAAAUCAAAAAAUAAUAUUUUUUUUGUGGAAUUGAUAAAGUCAAAUUAAGUCGAUAUUAUAAAGUUUUUGUAAAUUUGUUCAAAACAUUAUACAAUUUUUUCAAUUGACAUCAGUGCUAUUGAUAUAUAAUUCUAAUCUAAUACGAUUUGGCGUGCAUGCAACAUAUUACUCAAUCUUAAACUCUAUCCCCAACCCACCCACUACACACACAAACACACACACACUCUCGUACAGAGAAAUCCGCAGCCCCACACAAAAACACAACACCCACCCCUACUUCCCAUACACACACACACACACACACAAUACACAUAGAAAAAGAAUGAAAAUAUGAAGUGAAACGACAGGCAGACACUAAAAACCCAGAGUCAUCAUUCCAAGUUCAUUUUUUCCCCACAAGGCCUUUACAAAGGAUUCGCAACUGAUGAAGAUUUAAUUAAGAGAUCUCUGUAAAAAACGAAAACACAAAUUAGAACCUUUGUUUGCUUUGCGGAAAUGCGAAAAUCGAAUGUGAAACGAAAAGAAAAUCGUAAAAAACUGAUUAAUUUGAUUUGAAAUUCAAUUUUGUUUUCACCGCUCCUUCUCCAACUUUUCCACAUAAUAUCCUUCUAUUUUCCUUCCUUUUCCCCCCCAAUUCCUAAACUAUUCGCAAUUAAUAUACAAUUUUCUAAAAGCAA